UAUUUUGAGUUCAUAUCUUAAUACCGAUCAUUUAGAGUUUAUGAAUAACAAGUAAUAAUAAUGUGGUGGUGAUGACUUACAGAGUUUAUAAUAGUUUGGAAAAUGAUUUUGAGUUCCUUAUGAUUUGACAAUGAGUUGAAUUUCAAGGUCGUUUCGGUGAUGUGUUGAAAUUCAUAAUGAUUUGUCAAUGAGUGACUUUGUGCUGAUGUGCUGUGUGUUUCAGGGAGAGCUGCAGCAGAGCUCCAACUGUAAACCUCUCUGGUUUCUAACCUGCUUAUCGAGGGCUUACUGUACAUGGUGCUAUCUGUUUAAAGCCAUCUGUACAGAAAAUAACCUUCCUCCUUCCCCUCUUACACCUUCCUUACACUGACACCUGAAUCUCUUCGGUUUAACCCCAAUUAAAAUCAAUCAAAGUCAAACCAUGGUAACUCGCAAAGGAACAGGCCAUAUAUGGAGUUUCCUCCCUGCCAUAUUUGGGAUUUCUUUCCCUGCCAUAUGUGGAGUUUCCUCCCCGCCAUAAAGAGUUAAAUUUGAGUUUAUGGUGCGCUCGAAAAAGUUUUUGAGUUGAGAUGCGGUCACACUGAAAUCCGUCCCCCGUUCAUUUCAAUGGCGAAGGGUGUUAACGCUAACACUUAAUUAACAUUUGACAUCACUACACAGUGAAAUACAAGUAUCAAAAGAAGGGGUGCUGCUUUCAGCAAGUCCAAGAACAAUUCGUGAACAAAGAGUUGUCGUAGUUUCAUUCUUUUUCAAGUUGUCCACGAUGACCUGGACGACUGAUGACAGACAACAGUCAGUAAAUAAGUUAAUGACAAAGCAGGGUGGACGAUGCAGACACGAUUCUUCUUACUACAACGUGAUUGAAACAUUUCGUUCCUCACGUCUUCAUGUGCGACACAGUUAAAGGUAGCGCUGUAGUCAAGACCAACGAAACCAAGACUAGACCGAGACUUUGAAGGGUUGAGACCAAGUCAAGACCAAGACCGGACAGGGUGUAACAUACUGAGGUAGCUCAUAUUCACAAAAACUAAGUCUGAGUCUCGGGUUGUUAAAUACUGACUGCGUCCUGAGUUACAGCUACUGCUACCUGAUGCACUUUACGUCCACGUGACACUGCUGUUGCCGAGUUUCCACCACAUUAUGAAAGUCCGGUCUGACCGCAUCGUCAACACCGUUAUAAACUCUUGAAACUGUCCUCCGGUAGUUCAGGGGUGUGUUUAGCCUAGCUUAGCACAAAGACUGAAAGCAGGUGGAAACUGCUAGCCUAGCUUUAUGAAAAACACCUGUUUGAUUUUUACAUGUUGUGUCUUGUUUGCCAGCAAGCUUAAGUAGAUUAACCACGAGGACAACUGCUGCUAAAACCACCACGUCUCAUUUCACUUCACCGUCGUUCUACAUGUGCACGAUAAACAAGAUACAACAUGUAAAUGAGACACCUCUGCUGUCAGUCAAAGGUGGAUCUUCUAGUCAUUUUCCGAGGCUAAGUUCAUGCUCCCUCUUUUCUCACAGUAAAUUUAUACUAAUCGAUCUACCCGACGUUACGAUCUCUUCCCCCUGAAGCACAAUCGACGUUCCAGUGCCUGUUUCCACAACAACCAAUCUCCCAGCGUCUGUACCCGAACACGAGCCGAGCCACAAUCAUCGAUCCUGAAGUUUGUACGAGCUCACGGGGAAAAUAAGAGUCAACAGGUUUGUCACCUCUCACCUUGUUUGGACGACGAGUUAAUGAGUGACGACUUUCACCUCAGCUGAACAGAAAACCUCCAGAGGAAACGACAACUCGACGAGCAGCUUCACGCGUUUAACGGUUUGAAACUGAUUGUGUAUGAAACAUGUCGAUCCCUGAGCUGAUCAAGAAGAAGAGGGACGGAGGAACGCUGACGGACGACGAGAUCAAAACUUUCAUCCAGAGUGUGACAAAUGAAACAAUCCAGGGAAGUCAGACAGGCGCCAUGCUGAUGGCGAUCUGGCAGAAGGGAAUGAUCAACACGGAGAUCGAGACCCUGACCAGAGAAAUGAUGUCGUCAGGGGAAGUGAUGUCAUGGCCUAACGAGUGGGCGGGGUCUGUGGUUGACAAACACUCAACGGGCGGCGUGGGAGACAAAGUCAGUCUGGUGUUGGCGCCUGCGCUCGCCGCCUGUGGCUGCAAGGUGCCUAUGAUCAGUGGGCGGGGCUUGGCUCAUACGGGAGGAACUCUGGACAAACUGGAAUCAAUCCCAGGAUUCAACAUCCACCAACCAACAGAGCAGAUCCUGGAGAUCCUGGACUCGGUGGGCUGUUGCAUUGUGGGUCAGACGGAGAUGUUGGUUCCUGCAGAUCGGGUCCUGUACGCUCUGCGGGACGCCACCAGCACCGUGGACAGUUUACCGCUGAUCACCGGUUCCAUCAUCUCAAAGAAAGGCGCCGAGUCGCUGUCUGCUCUGGUUCUGGAUGUGAAGUUUGGACGGGCCGCUCUGUAUAAAGACCUGCAGAGCGCCAAAGAACUGGCACAGUUAUUAGUGAACGUCGGGAGCGCUCUGGGCAUGCGCACGGGGGCGGUGCUCAGCCGUAUGGACGCUACGAUUGGUCGAUAUGUGGGAAACAGUCUGGAGGUGAUCGAAUCUCUGGAGACACUGAAGGGGAACGGACCCGACGACCUGAUGGAGCUGGUCACAACUCUGGGCGGUUUGUUGCUGCUGAUGACUGGCUUGGCGUCUGACCAAUCAGAGGGCAGAAAAAAGAUUUUGGAUGCUGUGAUUGGUGGAGCUGCUUUGUCCAAAUUCCAGAGCAUGAUGGAGGCUCAGGGUGUAACCAAUGAGACAGCUCAGUCGCUGUGCUCCGCCCACACAGAUUACUUCAACAUCCUGAGGCCGGCCGAGCAUCGCGUGGAGCUGAAGACAGUUGCAGGCGGUUCGGUUCUGGACGUCGAUGGUUUGGUUCUAGCUGAAGUUCUUCAUAAACUGGGGGCCGGUCGAUCGAAGGCCGGAGAACCUGUCAAUCAUAGUGUAGGGGCGGAGCUUCUGGUGUCGCCGGGUCAGGAGGUCAAAUUAGGUACUCCCUGGUUGCGGCUCCAUUUCGAGGAUCCGGCUCCGACCGCAGACCAGAUCAGUCGUCUGCAGAACGCUCUGACGCUGGGAUGUCCCGACGACACACAAACACAACCUCUGGUGCAAGAACUACUGCUGCCUCAUUAACACGCGUGUGCUUCGUUUUAUUUAUUAAGUCAUCAGGACAAACUACAACAAACAUGACAACAAGCCCCGCCUCUCCUUAGUUACUGUUGCUAACAUGACAUUUUUAACACUUUAAACGAGAGGUGCUCAAUAAAGUUUCAUGUUUAAUAAUCCAUCAAAAUUUAUGUGCUGAUUAUAUUUUGUAUUAUUAGUCUGAAUAUGUUGUAAUAUAAGUUAUUAAAGGGACAGUUCAGGUUAUUUAAAGUGUUCAUUUAAAAGACUGAUCCACGACACACUGACUGUGGAUCAUAGAAACACUUUAAAUAACCUGAACUGUCCUUUUAAGUGCAGCACUUGGACAAAAUCUGAAUGAAUGAAUGACUCUGAUCACUUCCUGCCGAAAACAAUAAAAGGAUCCGAGUUUGUGUGUGAUCCUGAACGCAACAUGUCUGAAUGAGUUGAAGUGAUCGACGCGCGAGGCAUUUCAAGUGUUGACUGGUGGUACAUUUAUUUGUUUUUUUAUUUAUUAUAAACAUUAAAAAAAAUUAUUUGACUAAA